AAAAUUAAAAUAUACUCCACUCAAGAGAAGUCUGUACUUUGCACUUAGGUUAAAGUCUCAUUUAGAUUUAAAUUUCUAAACCUUGCUUAAGAAAUUAAGUUUUCUUUGAUCUCCUCUCUUCUGAAUUGCCGAAAUCAGAUAAACCUACUUGACAAAAAUGACUUCUUGUCACAUUGCUGAAGACCCUAUAAAAAAGGUGGCUAUCUUUGGAGGAACUCAUGGGAAUGAACUAACAGGAAUAUUUCUAGUUAAGCACUGGCUGGAGAACGGCACUGAGAUUCAGAGAACAGGGCUGGAGGUAAAACCAUUUAUUACCAACCCAAGAGCAGUGAAGAAGUGCACCAGAUAUAUUGACUGUGACCUGAAUCGAGUUUUUGACCCUGAAAAUCUUGGCAAAAAAAAGUCAGAGGAUUUGCCAUAUGAAGUGAGAAAGGCUCAAGAAAUAAAUCAUUUAUUUGGUCCAAAAGAUAGUGAAGAUUCCUAUGACAUUAUUUUUGACCUUCACAACACUACUUCUAACAUGGGGUGCACUCUUAUUCUUGAAGAUUCCAGGAAUGACUUUUUAAUUCAGAUGUUUCAUUAUAUUAAGACGUCUUUGGCUCCAUUACCCUGCUAUGUUUACCUCAUUGAGCAUCCUUCUCUCAAAUAUGCAACCACUCGUUCUAUAGCCAAGUAUCCUGUUGGUAUAGAAGUUGGUCCCCAGCCUCAGGGGGUUCUGAGAGCUGAUAUUCUAGAUCAAAUGAGAAAAAUGAUUAAACAUGCUCUUGAUUUUAUACAUAAUUUCAAUGAAGGAAAAGAAUUUCCUCCCUGUGCUAUUGAAGUCUAUAAAAUAAUGGAGAAAGUUGAUUAUCCCAGGAAUGAAAGUGGAGAAAUUGCUGCUGUUAUCCACCCUAAGCUGCAGGAUCAAGAUUGGAAACCCUUGCACCCUGAGGAUCCUGUGUUUUUAACUCUUGAUGGAAAGACCAUUUCAUUGGGCGGAGACCAAACCGUGUACCCAGUGUUUGUAAAUGAGGCCGCAUAUUAUGAGAAGAAAGAAGCUUUUGCAAAGACAACUAAACUAACACUCAAUGCAAAAAGUAUUCGCUCCUGUCUACAUUAGAAACCACUUGUAGCUCAUUGUUAGAGAGUACCUUGAAAAAUUCUGCUAGUUUAUAAGCUCCUGAAGAGCAGGAUUGUGCCUUACUCAUCAUCAUUUCCACAGCUCCUAGCCUGGUGGCUUGCACACAGUGGACAUUCAGGUAAAUUUCUUGAAUGAAUGAAUGUAUUAAUGAAUGUCUUUUGAAGAUAUCAUACUUUAUGUAUGUAGCCUAUUCAAAGAAGUGCAUUUCUUAUUUCUCUAUAGCUUUAUAUACCUUACACUUUGAUAGUUUAGCGUUCUUAGUAAACAGCCUUACAAUUCAAAUUUUAACAUCAAAAUAGUCCAUGGGAUUGCAGGAUCGGACACAACUGAGUGACUCAGUACAGCGCAGCACAGAUACUAUAUACAAAAAACUAUUAACUUGAGUAUAGAGUUAAAUAUUGUAUGCUUUUAAGUAAUAUAAAAAUACUACUAGAAACUAAUAGCACAGGCUCAGUAUUUUAAAUUUUUCACAUUUGAAUUAAUGCUAAAGUAUUAAAGUCAAUCAGCAGCAGUUGUGAUAUAUGUAGAUUUUUAAAUGCUCUUAUGAUGGUGAAAUGUGAAUGAGAAAUGGGGGCUGAUUGUAAAGGUGACAUUAUGAAUAAAUCAAGAAACUCUGAA